CAUUUGUGCUGAAGAAGAUGGGCUUGUUGAAGGCAAAUGUGAAAUAUAACGAGGAGGCAGGAGAGGGCUAUGGAUAUCUCAAGAACGCCUGGUGGUGGUCUGGCAUGACCUUGAUGAUAAUCGGAGAGCUGUGCAAUUUUGCCGCCUAUGCCUUCGUGGAUGCCAUAUUGGUUACUCCCCUCGGAGCCUUGUCUGUCGUCGUCACUACUAUACUGUCCGCCAUCUUUCUGAAAGAGCGUCUGAGUUUCGUUGGCAAGGUUGGUUGCUUCAACUGCAUCAUCGGAUCCGUCGUCAUCGUUGUCAAUGCCCCGGAGGAGUCGGCAGUCUCCGACAUCCAGGACAUGAAGAAGCUUGUUAUUACUCCAGGAUUUCUCAGCUAUGCCGGAGUUACUAUCGUGGCAUGUGUCAUUAUAGCCUUAUGGCUUGGACCGAAGUACGGCAAGAAGUCCAUGAUGGUAUAUCUCAGCAUCUGCAGUCUCAUUGGAGGCUUGAGCGUCGUGGCUACCCAAGGCCUUGGGGCUGCUAUCGUCGCGCAAGCUGGCGGGAAAGCCCAGUUCAACCAAUGGUUCAUCUAUGUCCUCCUUGUAUUCGUAAUCUCAACCCUAGUCACAGAGAUCAUAUUUUUGAACAAAGCACUGAAUCUCUUCAAUGCCGCCCUUGUCACUCCUACAUAUUACGUCUUUUUCACCAGCUCAACCAUCGUCACCUCCGCGGUCUUAUUCCAGGGUUUCCACGGCACGGCAGCGAGUAUCUCCACUGUAAUCAUGGGGUUCUUGCAGAUUUGCGCCGGAGUUGUGCUACUCCAACUCUCCAAGUCCGCCAAAGAUGUCCCUGACGCGGCUGUCUUCAAGGGCGAUCUUGAUCAAGUCCGAACUGUCGCCGAACAAGAAGAACCGGAGUACGAGCCUAGAGCUGACACUAUCCGUGGAGGUGGCGCUAUUCUUCGCUCAUUUUCAGUGGCGAGACAAGAGAAACAAGUUCAGGAGGCCAAGAAGCUACAAGAAGAACGCAUGGCCCCGAUUGGAGAGAACGAACAAGUCGAAUGGGACGGCCUGCGGAGGCGCAAGACCGUCCUAGAGCCCGGACAAUCACCUUUGCAGCGGCGGAAGACUAUACAUCCGCCUUUGGGAAUGUCCCAUUUUCCCAACGAGAAUGAGUCUGUUAUGAGUGACGAAGACGACGUUCACCCCGGCUUCUUUACCCGGUUACGAUCUAGGGGCAAAUCUGGAUCACAUCAGCCUAUAUCUCCUCUCCCAAUGGAGGGUUUGCACUUCCCAAAGGAUGAGGACCGCCCCCCAGGGUCCGCCGAUAUCCCAACAGCCCAUACUUAUGGAUUACCAGCCGGGUUGCAAAGAGACAUGCAACAAGACACCAGCUACAAGCCACAUGAGCCAGCUAUCCACUGGGCUCCCGUUGUUGAGGCGGACCAAGGGAAAUCAAAAGAUAGCUUAGCCCCUCCAAGACCGCCUCCACAUACUGCCAAGAGACAGUUCUCGUUCCAGAACGUCUUCCAUCGAAACAGGGCGGAAAGCACUGGAGAAGGAAGUGAAUCAGCUCGACCUACGUCUCGAGGUACAUUGAGCUUCUCGUCUAGAAGGACCAGUAGCAAGGACCAUACGCCACGCACUGAUGGAACAACGGAAGAGGAGCGCCUUGGUCUGGUCAAGGGCGACUCUCAGAAUUUGCUCGGCGUUCCAGACUAUGGCGGUUCGCCGCCCGAUUACUCAGACACAGAAGAAGGCUUCAUAGACCUAAGAGGCCACCGGCUAGAAACCGUACCAUCGGGGUCAAGUUUGCCCCAGUUUGCGUUCGAGCCGCGAGCACGCAAUCAGAAGAAAGACGACGACACUGACGAUGAUGACCGAUAUGACACGACACACGGCAAAGACAUUGAGAAGAGUGGACGUGGGAGUCCAGGAGCGUUCAUGUAACGGUUGUUUUGUACGAAUCUAUUCCUUGUCGUUAUGCAGCGUUGGAAAGCGUGCGUUGGGAUCUCCUUCACCUAUUCUCGGUUGUAAUAAUCUUAGGGUUGUAUUCUUUAACAGAGAUACCCACAGGGUCUUGGAUAGUAGGUUGCGUGGAGCAUGGAACUUGUACAUGCGCGUCUCCCGCAUUCGUAGAUAUUAUUAGACAACGAGGGUCGUUAGCUCUGAUCGACGAGCUCAAUUUCAAAGUAACAGACAC